AACAAGUGGCCAGUUAGAGAAUAAAAAAUAGAUAUUGAAAAGUGUCAACUCAUUCUGCAGAAUAAUAUUUAAAUACCUGCCUACAUCGAGGUCGUUCAGAUUUAUAAUUUUCUUGAUAAAGAAUAGUACCAGUUUCCAGAAAAUUUUCAAAAUUCUUGUGUGACGAUGUUAGAUAACCAACUGGCGGAAAAACAAUCAAUUAUUUUUCAAGGAAAAUCUCAGUUGUGGGAAGUGGACUCCUCGACAACAGCCAAAAAUUGUAAAAAUUACAUAAGAGAGAUCGUAGACACCCUAGAUCUGCAGCCCAAUCCGGAGAAGCCAGUGAUCGCGCUCUCCAUAGGCGACCCUACUGUUUACGGCAACUUGAAACCCUCUGAAGAAACCACUCAAGCUGUCAUCGAUGUCAUUCGAGAAGGAUCUUGCAACGGCUACGCCCCUUGCGUCGGCUACGACAAAUCCAGAGAAGCCGUCGCAAACUACCUAAACUACAACGGUUCGAAGUUCACCAAAAACGACAUAAUUCUAUGCAGCGGAUGCUCCUCAUCGCUGGAAAUUUGCAUAACAGCCCUUUGCGAUGCAAAAAAGAACCACAAUUUGCUCAUGCCACGACCCGGCUUUUCCAUAUACCGCACCUUAGCCGAAGUAAUCGGAGUUACCGUAAAGUAUUACAAUUUAAUCCCUGAAAAAAACUGGCAAAUCGACGUCGACCACCUGCGAACCCAAAUCGAUCAAAACACUGCAGUGAUCGUCUUGAACAACCCUUCGAAUCCUUGCGGGUCGGUGUACAGUGCUGACCAUCUGAAAGACGUCCUCGAGGURGCGUUCACACACCGAAUUCCCRUCAUCGCGGAUGAGAUUUACGAACGACUUGUGUUUCCCGGGAAUUCGUUUCAUUCGACUGCGGUGUUGAAUUCGGGAGUUCCACUUUUGAUUUGUGGUGGUUUGGCCAAGAGGUUUUUAGCCCCAGGUUGGCGGCUGGGUUGGAUUGCGAUUUGCGACGAAGCGGGAGCUUUCGAGCCCAAUGUUCGCAAGGCGCUGAUUAGUCUGAGUCAGAGGAUUAUUGGAAGUAAUACUCUGAUUCAAGGAGCACUGCCUGCGAUUUUAUUCAAAACGCCUCAAAGCUUUCACGAUAAUUUGAUCAAUACUUUGCAUAAGAAUGCCAUUUUGGCUUAUAGUGUGUUGCAAAACAUUGACGGGCUUGUACCCUACAUGCCCCAAGGGACGAUGUAUAUGAUGGUAGAGCUUUGCUUCAAUAGAUUUCCAUUUAGUAAUGUUUUGCAGUUUGUUAUUAAGAUGAUGGAAGAAGAGUCGGUCUUCUGUUUGCCAGGAGACUGUUUUCAAAUUUCUGGAUUCAUAAGGAUAGUAUUGACUGUGCCUGAAGACUUACUUUUGGAGGCUUGCAAUCGCAUUUCCGAAUUUUGUAAGCGCCAUAUUAUAAAAAAAUAAGUCAUUGAAUUUUGUUUCUAAUGUUCGAAUCUGAAAAUAUAAACAUGAAAAUAUGAA